GUUUGGCAUUGCAAGGACCGUCAUCAACUACUCAAGUGGUUCAUGUCACCCCAUCAACAUGUCACAACCUGUCCUUAUUCAAAGAUCUGCUGAAGGAGUACCGGAAAGUCGAUGAUUCCAUUGGCAUGCGUAUCAAUCGCACUACUGCGCUGCUCCGUAAUCAAAACAAACAGGGAACAGGGGGUGCAGAGAGCGUGCAGGACCAGGCUUGUGCAUAUAUCUGGCGUGAGCUUCUAGAAAAUUGGAAACGCAGAACACAAAUAAUUGAAUAUUGUGUUGGAGUCGUGGACACUUCUAUGGAGGACAAGCGGAAGGCCAUCCAAGCCCAGGCUAGCAACCCAAGUGCACAAAGGAAGACGCAAGGCGAGCUGUAUGCGGACGAAGUGAAGCGCACACAAGUGCAUAAUGAACUCACGGUCGAAAAGAUCAUCAGGCAGAGGUCGCUGGAUGCAUUCCGUUCUCGAUGCAAGUACUUCGAACCUCCACCAUCUGAUACAGAAUCCCGCGCAUGGUGGGACUCACUCCAGAAUGGGACGUAGCAUCGCCAUUGCUGCGACCGCACCGGUGGCAGAAAAGCCGCUUUCUCUGCGUAGCCUGGCCAACAUCGUGCUGUAUAGCGGCAGCGCGACGCUAGCGCUGGCAGAACUCUUCGGUUUCUCCAUCCAGAAUCCUUCUGGUGUAUUACUUUGGAAGCGGAAGUAUAAUGACUCUACAUUACGUAAUGUAUGAAUGACCUCAUCCCUGCGAGAUCUAGCGACGCGCCUAAGCAAG